AUGGAACAUUCACGUAAAAGUUGGUUUAUUGGAUUAUUUAUGAUCCUAAUUGUUAUUCUAUCAUGGGUUUCAUCAUCUUUUUUAUUAAAUCAAGUAUUUGAAGUGAAUUCUUAUAAGAAGCCAUUUUUAAUUACUUAUUUAAAUGUUUCAUCAUUUACUUUAUAUUUAAUACCGUCAUGGAAAGAAAUUUUUAAUUAUAGUAAAAAUAGAAAUCAAAUUAUUGAUAACGAAAAAGUUUUAUUAAUUGAUCAAGAAGAAGAAGAAGAAGAUAUUAAUCAAUUAACACCUUUAGUAUCAAAAGAUAUUACUUCAAAUAAUAUUUUACCAUUAACUUUGAAAGAAACUAUUAAAUUAAGUGCAAUAUUUUGUUUCUUAUGGUUUAUCGCAAAUUUUUCAUCAAAUGCUUCAUUAUCUUAUACUUCCGUUGCAUCACAAACUAUUUUAUCAUCAACUUCAUCACUUUUCACUUUAUUUAUUGGUGCAAUUUUACACGUUGAAUCAAUUAAUUCAAAAAAAUUAUUAGGUCUUUUAAUUUCAUUUAUUGGUAUUAUUUGUGUAACAGAAUCUGAUUCAAUUGCACCAGAAGUUAUCUUUUCAAAAGUUGAAGUUGUUAUUGGCAAUUCUUUAGCUUUAAUUGGUGCUUUGGUUUAUGGUAUUUAUAGUACUUUUUUGAAAAAAUCAAUUGUUGAUGAAUCAAAAAUUAAUAUUAAAAUCUUUUUCGGUUUUGUUGGUUUAUUUACUUUAAUUGGUUUAUGGCCAAUAAUUUUAUUAUUACAUUAUACCGAAAUUGAGAAAAUUGAAUUACCAAAUUCUUCAACUGUAAUUUAUUUAUUAUUAAUUAAUGCAACAAUUACAUUCAUCAGUGAUUAUUGUUGGGCUAAAGCUAUCUUAUUAACAAGUCCAUUAACUGUUACGGUUGGCUUAAGUUUAACUAUUCCGUUCGCAAUGAUUGGUGAUGUAAUUUUUAAAGAUAAAAUUGUUACUGUUGGUUACAUUUUUGGUGCUAUCUUAGUACUUGUAUCGUUUGCUCUAAUUAAUGGGGAAGAAGAUACUGAUAGUACUACUACUACUAAUAAUACCAUCGAAUCUAAUAAACAAUUCUCUAUCAAUAUUCAAGAUAUAGAGAACCAAACACAUGAAACUCUUUAUUGUUCAUUCUAA